GCCAUUCGCAAAGUAUACCUGGCACUCAAGCAUUUCCUAGGUGUGUUUGUGGUUUUCCCAAGCCACGUGAGACCACAGGUUGUCAAACAGGGCUUUUUUGCCAUUGCAGGUACAUGAAAAUCGAUAAUGAAUGUGAUGCAAUCAUGACCUAUGUCUGUAACUGUAGCUCGAUUGUCCGCAGGCUUCCCUAAUGUGAUUGGUACCAUAGACUGCACACACAUUGCGAUCAAGGCCCCCCCAGGCCCCAAUGAAGAGGAUUUUGUCAACCGAAAGGGGGUCCACAGUAUAAAUGUGCAGAUGGUGUGUGACUCUAUGUGCCAUAUCACAAAUGUGGAAGCUAAAUGGCCCGGAUCAGUGCAUGACUCAAGAAUUUUCAGAGAGUCAGGGUUAUGCACAUUAUUUGAGCGUGGUAAGAAAAAGAGACUUAUUUUGAUAUGUCAUACUUAUUUUGGGCCUAACAUAACAGCAUUUCUCCAUUACACAGGGGCCUACGAUGGGAUUCUCCUUGGAGACAGGGGUUAUGCAUGCAGGCAGUACUUCAUGACACCGUUCCCUGACCCCAACCCUGGGCCACAGACCCGCUACAACGCAGCUCUAGCCAGGACAAGGGCACGCAUUGAAAUGACCUUUGGGCAAAUAAAGGGAAGAUUUCAGUGUCUGAAAGAUCUGAGGGUUGCACCUGACAGGGCAUGUGACAUUAUUGUUGCAUGUGCCGUACUGCACAACAUUGCCACCAUCAGAAAGGAGAGGACCCCCGUGGUGGAGGUGCAGCCUGUUGAUGACCUCCAGCCAGUGCACUUGGACCAACCUAGUGGCAGAGCUGCACGGGACAGAAUUGUGCAACACAAUUUCGUAUAUUAAAAACAUGA